GGCCCCGGCAGGCAGCAUGGAGGAGGCGCUGAAGCGGGAGCUGGGCACCGCCGUGCUGCGGCCCACGGGGUACUCGGGGGGCGGCUGCAUCAGCCAAGGGCAGAGCUACGACACGGACCAUGGCCGGGUGUACGUGAAGAGCAACUCCAAGGCGGAGGCCAGAAGAAUGUUUGAGGGAGAAAUGGCAAGUCUGGAAGCCCUCCUGAAAACCCAGACGAUAAAAGUGCCUAAACCCAUCAAAGUUAUAGACCUGCCAGGGGGCAAUACGCUGUUUGUGAUGGAACAUUUGGAAAUGAGAGGCUUAAACAGACAUUCAGCAAAGCUUGGAACACAAUUGGCUGAUCUCCACCUUCAUAACCAGCAGCUUGGAGAGAAGCUGAAGAAAGAAGAGAGCACAGUUGGUAAAGGUCAAGGGCAAAUGGAAGUCCAGUUUGUGGAUCAAUUUGGCUUUCAUACAGUUACCUGCUGUGGCUAUCUCCCACAGGUGAAUGACUGGCAGAAUGACUGGGUGACUUUCUUCGCCAGGCAAAGAAUCCAGCCCCAGAUGGACAUGAUUGAAAAGAAUUCAGGAGACAGGGAAGCGAGAGAACUUUGGGCACAACUUCAGCUGAAGAUUCCCAGUUUGUUCUGUGACGUAGAAGUUGUUCCUGCUCUCCUGCAUGGAGAUCUCUGGGGCGGAAACGUAGCUGAGGAUGAUUCUGGUCCAAUUAUCUUCGAUCCGGCUUCUUUCUACGGCCAUUCAGAGUAUGAGCUUGCAAUAGCUGGGAUGUUUGGUGGCUUCAGCAGUUCUUUUUACUCUGCUUACCACAGUAAAAUUCCCAAAGCUGCAGGGUUUGAGAAACGCCUAAAGCUUUAUCAGCUUUUUCACUACAUGAACCAUUGGAACCAUUUUGGUACAGGGUACAGAGGGUCUUCUCUAAACAUUAUGAGAAACCUUGUAAAGUGACUUCCUGCUGAAGUAGGACACUUCCUAUGUUGCUUGGAAAACCCCAUACUUGGUGGUGCAACUACAGGAGUAGUAAUGUUAAAAAAAGCUAUUAGACCCUUGACCUUGUUGCACAGCUAAAGACCUAGAAUCAGUGAUUCCUGCUAAAUACCGAGUGUAAUGUAGUCAUCCCUUUUUAGGAUAGCUGGGAAUAUCUUUAUGAGGGAAAUAGCUAAGGAGUUUAUUCAGUUGCACAAAAGAUCUGCUGGUGUUAAGAAAGCUUUGUAUGGUUGAGACUUGACAAAUUAAUGCAGAUCAAGCACUCAAGAGUAAAUUAUUUGGAAGAAGUUCUUUCUUAGGGACCAGUUGUGCUUCAGAGUAGAGAAAUAUCAGGGAUUGCAUUUGUACCCUAAUGGGAGACCUAAUUAGAGGAGUGUUGGUGAAAUGGAGAAUUGAUUUUUCUCAGUGACCAAGGAGAUGGCUGAAAAAGUUGCUCGUUACUUUUUGAUGCUCUCCCCACCUUUCAGCUCUCCAUGUCCAGUUACGUGCAUGAGAACAAUGCUAACAAAAUAUUUGGAAAGUCAAGAAGAAAAUUAUAUAAUGGCAACUGUGAAAAAUGAUUUAGACUUGCUAUUCAUUAUGCUAAUGUGAUUCUAUUGGAUGGAGACUGCUUCCUGUUCUGUUACAAAGCUGUGUGAAAAUGCUUAUAAUAUUUUCUGGCAUGUGCAUUUUGGUGCCUCAUGGCACCCUCGUAGGCUGUUCUGUGCUUGCUGGUCAGUGGGCUCUUAUCUACAGCAGUUUAGGUUUUAGCAGAACUAGCUCUCUUCUUUUUUUUUGGAUUAAGCUUUUGCCCAAUAGUGUGCAUUCUUACAGACUUUUUUUCAAGUACACAUCCUGUGAAGAGGUACACUCUCACUCAUACAGAGAGAAGAUGUACUUUUUGACUGUUGUCACUGCUCACAGGAUAAUGCCAUCUGGUUGCGGUACAGGCUUCACAUAAAUUUUUUGUAGUUUCCACUACAGGUGCCAUAAGCUAACAUUUUUUUUCAGUCCCCACUAAGUGCACUUUGUAGCUCUUGGGAUAAGAGCCAUGAAACCAAAGGAAGAUAAAAUGUAACUCACAGAGCAGCAGCUCCACAUCAGGGUCAGAAGUUCUUUAAGGGUGGCUGUGCAGAGCAGCUGUACCUGCAGCUGGGGAUCCUAACGUUGUACUCCUUUUGGUCUAGGCUGGUAAUGACAUUGCAGUGGGAGUGUACCAGGUAGGUGAGAGAGGUGCAUGAUUCCUAACAAGCAUUUUGAGUGUUUGGGAAUGACUUUAAUUAAUUAAAAAUGUUUUUCAUUGGAUAUUGAAAAUUACAGCGGGUUUUUUAGUUGCUGGUUUUGCAGUUGCUUACACAAAUGGGAAGCAAGUUUAGAAAAGACGAUCACUUGAUAUAACUUUCCUUAAUUCUACUACUCUUCCCACUGGCUGUUUAACUUUUGUGUAAAAAGUUUUAAAGCCUUGCUUGGUAGAAUAGCUUUUACUUUUACCUCAUUGCUUAAAUAAAAAGUUUCCCAGUUGA